ACAGGAGCGCUUCUCGGAGCCGGAGGGAAGAGUUUCUUGGUCGAAGAUGGACUUGUGGCCGGACGGCGUUGGGUUGGCAGCUAAGCUGCCGCUGUUGUUUUUCCUCAUCAUCUCUGCGACCACAGGCUCUGUUCGAGCUAAAAUCCACUAUCAAAAAUGGGAGGUGGCAUACCAGUUCAAGUCCCCAGAUUGCUUCCAGAAGUUGGCAAUCACCAUCAAUGGGAGAACACCUGGCCCAACCAUCAUUGCCGAGCAGGGAGACACUGUGGUCAUCGAUGUCAAGAAUGCGUUGCUCACUGAGAACUUAGCCAUUCACUGGCAUGGGAUUAGGCAGAUUGGCACUCCAUGGUUUGAUGGCACAGAGGGUGUGACACAGUGUCCGGUUGUGCCAAGGGAUACUUUUACUUACAGAUUUGUUGUUGAUCGAUCGGGCACGUACAUGUACCAUGCACACUAUGAGAUGCAAAGGUCUGCUGGACUCUACGGUCUUAUUCGAGUUCUGCCCCCUGCUGGUGUGGUCGAGCCGUUCAUCUACGACUAUGACCGGAGCAUCAUCCUUAAUGACUGGUGGCACCAGAACACCUAUGAACAGGCUGUGGGCCUGAGCUCCAAAAACUUCACUUGGGUUGGAGAGCCUCAGUCACUUUUGAUCAAUGGAAGGGGGAAAUUCAACUGCUCCAACGCAGGAGGCGGGGUAUGCAAUGCAACCAAUCCUGAGUGCUCGCCUUAUGUGUUAACAGUUAUCCCGGGCAAAACAUACCGCCUUCGGAUUGCAAGCAUCACCUCUCUUUCGGCUCUAAAUUUUGAAGUUGAGGGACACAAUUUGACGGUUAUCGCAGCAGAUGGUCACUAUGUGAAGCCCUUUAUGGUGAAGAACCUGAACAUCUACUCGGGUGAGACCUAUUCAGUGCUUUUGAAGGCUGAACAAGACCCCUCUCGCAACUAUUGGGCUGUUGUCAAUGUGGUUAGCCGAAAUUCGACCACUCCCACUGGCACUGCCAUCCUCAAUUACUACCCAAACCACCCUAGAAGGCUCCCUCCGACCGUCCUGCCAACCGGUCCCCUUUGGAAUGACACCAUGUACAGAUUCAAUCAAAGUAUCGCCACCCGAUCGCAUCCUGAUUACAUCCGGCCUCCUCCGACGACUUCCGACCGCAUGAUCAUAUUGCUGAACACCCAAAAUUGCAUCGAUGGCUAUGUUAAGUGGGCUGUGAAUAAUGUAUCGUUGAAUUUACCCCAGAUACCAUACCUCAUCACCCUCAAGGAGAGGAUGCUUCAUGCCUUCGAUCAAAAACCAGCGCCAGAGACUUAUGACUACAAGAAUUAUGAUAUUUAUGAUGUCCAGAAGAAUCGAAAUGCAACAGCAAGCACUUCGAUCCAUCGGUUGGUAUUCAAUUCGACGAUAGAUGUGAUCUUACAAAAUGCAAACACGAUGAAGAGGAACAACAGUGAGACACACCCAUGGCAUCUACAUGGGCAUGCCUUCUGGGUGUUGGGCUAUGGAAUGGGGAAGUUUGAUCCGGAGACUGAUCCAAAGAGGUACAAUUUGGUGGACCCAAUUAUGAAGAACACAGUGGCAGUGCACCCCUAUGGGUGGACGGCUUUGAGGUUCCGAGCCGAUAACCCUGGUGUGUGGGCUUUCCACUGUCACAUUGAGCCGCAUUUCUUCAUGGGCAUGGGGGUUGUGUUUGAAGAGGGUGUGGACAAGCUUGGGAAGCUACCCGUGGCCAUCAUGGGCUGUGGUGAAUCCAAACAUAUAAAGCCUUAAGGGGUUUGUUGUCGCCGAAUUCGGACCAAAAUCGGAGUUCAGCUCGGACAACCCUAAAGUCGGCCGGAGAUAAGCUGACCAGAUUGGUGGUGGCGUCGGGCGUCGGUCUCCUUCAUG